CUGCCGGGUUAUUUUGGGCUAAUAUAGAAUCUGUAUCCAUAUACGCUUUUUGCUAGUGGUAUAUAGAAUUCUCUGAUAUAAACCUGCCCGAUCCAAGUGUUGUGCGUCUAUUCAGUAUUUGACUAUGCCACUGUGAUCCAACCUAGUAUCAGAGACAUGGACCUGGUUCUUUGUACUGUACUGCAGUUAUGAUUCAAAUGGCCCGUGCGAGAGAAGUCUUAAAGCUUUCUUGUGUCCAAAAUCUUCAUCUCACAAACUGGACUGUUUUGAACCGACAUCUUCCUUGCACAAAAUGUCUAAGCUCGAACUCCUUCAUGCAUACAGAAAGCUCCUACGGGCAAGCCUUCGCGCGGUGCAGUUCUCACAGCCGUCGCGGUCAACGGUCAUUGAACAGCUGCGCACAGGGUUCCGCGACCCCAACGGGACCUUUGACGCAGAGAGAGUCAGGAGAACCGUCUGGUUCCUUAACGCGGCAGCCCAGGAGCGCGGGUUAGAGCACAAGAUCCUCAAGAACCUGUGUCGCGUGCACUGGGAGAGGAUGCGCGAGGCACGCAAGACGCCCUGGAAAUUACUGUCCAAGAUGUCAAAGGACCAGACGCAGGCCAAGAAAAAGAAGAAAGAGUGAGCUCGAGUGUCUUGAUUUGUCUCCUUCUCCUGUCCCUGUGUGCUAAUGUAUACACCACAAGGUCUGUCGAUCCAGUCAAGGGCACCGAGUUUGACCAUUAUGAGAGGACGAUUGCCAUGCUCAACGACACGAUGGGCUUGUGUCUGAGAUGACAGCUCAAUCAAGACUCGGAAGUACAUAUCGAC